UCUUUUACUGCUUUUUUCUUCUUGUCUCUACAUUGAAUAAAAACAUCUUCUACGAGCUAAAUAACUGAAACAGUGGAUCAAAAUGCUACAGUUUCUUCUUUUCCUCCUGCCCGGUGUUCUCAGUGAUGAGUGGAAUGUGAAUUAUCCUUCUCAGAUCUGUGCUGCAAGAGGAUCCAAUGUCACUAUUGCCUGCACAUUUACAUUUCCAGGAAAUGACCCAGACGCAGUAAAGCAAGUGCUGUGGUGUUCAAUGAACUCAAACUUUAACAAGUGUGAGUCUGGACCAUAUGUCUUUGACAGUGAAGCCAAGAAUAAUUCAGUUAGUUUUCAAUACAUUGGAAAUAAAGCUUCAGAUUGUUCUCUUUUGAUUAAUGAUAUUAAGCUCACAGAAUCUAGAGAAUAUAAGUUCAGAUUUAUUACUAGUCUUCCAAAUGGCAAGUGGACAGGUGAUCCCGGAGUGAACAUUUCAGUAUCUGAGUUAAAAGUCUCCAUGUCCAGGUCAAGAAUUAAUGGAAGCACAAUAACUGGAGACUCUGUGAAUUUGACUUGUUCACUGGACUGUCCUAAUGAUUUAUCAGAGGUUCAGUGGUUUAAGAAUGGUGAACUGAUGAAACAAACAAACCCAAUCCUCAUCUUCAACAACAUCACUGCUGAAGACUCUGGAAAAUACUCUUGUUCUUUGACGAACUUUACAAACACUUUAUCUGGAGGAUUUAGCAUGUACAUUGAAGAUGUUUCUGAGUUCUCAACUCUUCUGAUUAUUGUUGUGUCUUCAGUCUUGCUUGUGUUCACCAUUAUUGCAGCUGUGUUUCUUAUAAGAAGAAGCAAAGCAGAAACUCAAAAAAACCUAAAGGAAGUAGGAGAAGGAACCAGAGUUUCGGAUGACAACAUCUGUCAAGCAACUGAAGCAGUGGAUGAAUCAAAGGUAGAUGAAGUGCUGUAUACGUGUGUCACCGUUAAACCCAAAGAAAUCGACGUUAAAUCCCAAAAACAAAUAUCUGCCAACACAGAGGAGCAGAAUGAAUCCAUUUACAGCGCAGUGAAGACUGCUUGAUGUGAUAAGAGUGUGUGUGCAUGUGUGCAUGUGUGUGUGUGCGUGUGUGUGUGUGUGUAAAAGAAAUACAAACAUGUCCUUCAAAGAUAGGAAACCUGACAUCAUCAACACCUCUCUCAGUGUCAGUCUUGUUUUGCUAUAUUUGAAGCAACUAAUAAAGAAGAAAAGUGACAAUAGAAAGCAACGCAUUCAUGGAAACUUCCUAGCAAGACAGAUAAAAACUUCUUUAAAAAACAGAGGAAGCAUAUGACUAUGUAUAGUUUUUUUUUUCUUGUACAAACA